GUUGAUUCGGCUCCCUGUAUAUAGCAGCUUGACUGCUCUGCAGGGAAGUAUUCUGAAGACUUCACUCUUGGGAACCAGUAUCCAAAGUUGUAGUUACUGGCAAACGCUUGACCACUUCCCCAAGAUGAGGAAAGCCGCCUUCAAUAAACAGAAAGACUCCGUCUUCAGUGCAGAGGAGGGCUAUGUCAAGAUGUACCUGCGUGGUCGCCCUAUCAUCAUGUACAUGCCGCAGGCACUGACUGGAAGCUACAAGUUACAAGCCGCUGCGGAACUGCCAGCCCACAAGCUGAAGAUGGAAUGGGUGUAUCCUCCAAUAAUGUCAACAAAUUUGCUUUGUUUUUUGAUUGGAGACAUGUUUUCAGUGUGUCCCGGGACUCGCUCUAACACUGCAUGGAACGAACUGGGCUCCCUUCACUAUGACUCUAUCCUUUACUCAGCUCUGGAAGCUUUCAGUCUGGACCCAGUGUUGUUAUCGAAAAGCGAACACGAUGACUCAUCCCUCUCUCUUCCUAAUCUCUUUCUCAGCCUUGCAGUACAUCCUGAUAAGGUCACCAUGGCGACAGGGCAGGUGGCAGGAACCACAAAAGAUGGAAAGCAACUUACACCUCACGUCCGUGUGUGGGACUCUGUGAGUCUGAACACCCUGCACGUUAUUGGAUCUGGGGUCUUCGAUAGAGGUGUAUCUUGUGUAUCCUUCUCCAAGUCUAAUGGAGGGGCUCACCUGUGCGCAGUGGAUGAUUCCAAUGAACACGUCCUGUCUGUGUGGGACUGGCAGAAAGAGCAAAGACUGGCUGACGUGAAGUGCUCCAACGAGUCAGUGCUGGCAGCAAGUUUCCACCCGACUGAGGCCAACCUCAUCGUCACUUGCGGCAAAUCCAAUAUUUACUUCUGGACGAUGGAAAGCAGCACCCUCUCCAAGAAGCAGGGCAUCUUUGAGAAGCAAGAGAAGCCCAAGUACCUCCUAUGUCUGACCUUUUCCGAGAACGGGGAUGUGAUCACUGGUGACUCGAGUGGAAAUCUGAUCAUCUGGGGCAAAGGAACAAACCGGAUCAGGUCUGCGAUUCAGGGGGCUCAUGAAGGAGGCGUAUUCAGCCUCUGCGUGCUGACUGACGGUAUGCUAGUGUCAGGCGGAGGGAAGGAUCAUAAGGUCAUCCUGUGGGACAGACAGCACCACAAGGUCCAGGAAACAGAGAUCCCAGAGGCAUUUGGCCCAGUUCGAACGAUUGCAGAAGGAAAAGACAAUGGAUUAUUCAUCGGCACGACGAGGAACUGCAUCCUGCAAGGCACGCUGAGUGGGGGAUACUGCCCCAUCGUACAAGGUCACACUGAUGAGCUGUGGGGACUUGCCGCUGACCCAAGUGAGGACCGGUUUGUGACGUGUGGACAAGACAAACUGAUUCAUUACUGGGAUCCCAGCUCACACCAGCCUGUCUGGAGUAAGACUCUUGAUGAUCCAGCUCUGUCGGUUGGUAUCCAUCCCAGUGGAUCUGUUAUCGCUGUGGGAAUGCACUCUGCAAGGUGGAUGGUUUUUGAUGCAGAAACCAAGGAUCCCAUUACUGUGCACACAGAUGGUAAUGAGAAGCUCUCAGUGAUGCGCUAUUCCCCAGAUGGCAAUUUUCUGGCAAUUGGAUCACACGACAACUAUGUUUACAUCUACACAGUGGCAGAGAAUGGCAGGAAGUACAGUCGAGUGGGGCGAUGCUCAGGGCACUCCAGUUUUGUAACACAUCUGGACUGGUCAACUGACAGCCACUACAUAGUCACGAACUCUGGAGAUUAUGAAGUCCUCUACUGGACUCCUAACUGUAAACAGGUGACCAGCGCUGACGUAGUGCGGGAUUUGGAGUGGGCGACAUCUACCUGUGUGCUCUCGUUCCAGGUGUUUGGUGUUUGGCCAGAGGGAGCUGAUGGAACGGAUAUAAAUGCCAUUUGCAGGUCAUCUGAUGACAGACUUGUUUGCACAGCAGACGAUUUUGGAAAAGUGAAUUUGUUUUUAUAUCCAUGCUCGAACCCUCGGGCGCCAAGUCACAAGUACAGUGGCCACAGCAGUCACGUGACCAACGUUGCCUUUCUCCAUGACAGCACCCGUCUGAUCUCCAUUGGCGGGAAGGACAUGAGUGUCAUUCAGUGGAGCGUCGUCUAGGUUACCGCACUUUAUCCAGUGAUAUGUCCCAGCCGUGUGGGUUGGGAGGUGCUAGGGCACUGCAUAGCAUGAUUCCAUUCCUGGGUGCCCCAUUAGUCACCAAUGUUUCCUGAAUCAUCUAAUUUUUUUUUUUUAGCUCGAGAGGGUUGGGGCUCUUGUCCCCUUGCCCUGCGCCCUCAGCGCCUGCACUAUGUGACACCCCCACCCCACCCCACCUUUUGGAACUGUCCUAGUUCAAUCCCAUUGCUCCAUAUAAUCAACAAUAAACUGCACAGUCUGUCUCUGCCUCUGCUCAAAAUCCCCCUUUCACUAAAGUCAUGCAUGUGGUAUAAACGGAUGAUUUAUAACGGCCCAGUGGGAAAUUGACUUCUGUUUUGAGCAGCAGGUUCACACAGGAGUCCUGUAAGGCCUCCUGAUCCUGGAGCUUGGGGCUGGAGCGGAUAGGAGGAGGCUUUGGGGUCCCUCUGCUUCAAUGUGGCUGCCCAAGGCUAGACUGAUAUAAUUUACUGUCGAUGGGCAAACCCAACACUGGCUUGUUUUAGGUGGGAGAUCAUUUAAAUAUGGACAUCAGGGUCCUAUGGUACUGUCGGCCUCAGAGAUUAGCAUCUUGGAGGGACAGGACAGGAUACCAUCCUGCGCUUAGAUGCUUAGAUCCACUCUCCCACAGGUUCAUUCCUGCUGCACUUGUACUAACAGGGCAGCCUGGUGCAAGUUUUGGAAGCCUAUGUGGGCUCACUUUCCAUUUCUCUGUAAAUAACUUGGCAAAGACUAAGGCUGUGGUCUCUUGUGACACCGCCGAUGCUGUUUGGCAGCUAUAUCCAACCUUUUAUAGCUAGGGAUUUUGGCCAUGGGGCCUGUGGUUUCCUGUGAAUCUUUACAGGCCAGGCCCCUACACUAGAAUCAUUGAGGAGCAAUUGGAGGUCACUUCUGAAGCAUUUUCAAUAUAUUUUGUAGCCACUUAACCUGGCAGUUAAGACCUUUACUUCUCUAAAAUUAAAAAUGUCAAAACUGA